AUGCAGCCGUCGGCGACUACUCCUGGUUCACCAACGCGUUCCUCCUGUUGCGAACGUGAACGGGACAGGGAGAUCCACGAGGAUCGUGACCGGGAUCGUAGCAGAGCGAGAAGUCGUUCCAGCCCCGAAGGGGAUCACGAGGAGCAGAACGAGGAUAGAACGGUGAUCUCCGGGCAGAAUAUCGGUAUGACGAUCACUGGUAGCCAGGGUCUGCCUCUUUCUUUGUCACUGGAGGACAGGGAUCUGUGGACUAAGUUCCAGUGUCUCACCAACGAGAUGAUCGUCACGAAGAAUGGAAGACGAAUGUUUCCGGUUGUGAAGGUGGUCGCCAGGGGACUGGAGCCGAAAGCUAUGUACACUCUUCUGCUGGAGUUCGUUCAGGUGGAUCCGCACAGGUGGAAAUAUGUGAACGGAGAGUGGGUGCCUGGUGGAAAAGCGGAAGUUGCGCCACCGAAUCCGAUCUACAUACAUCCGGAGAGCCCGAACUUCGGUUCCCAUUGGAUGAAGGAAGCGGUGUCGUUCGCCAAAGUGAAACUGACGAACAAGACUAACGGGAGCGGGCAGAUAAUGCUGAACUCGUUGCACAAGUACGAACCACGGGUUCAUCUGGUUCGUGUGGACGCUGUGGAGCAAAGAACGGUGCUCACGUAUCGGUAUCCAGAGACGCAGUUCAUAGCAGUAACCGCAUACCAAAACGAAGAAGUGACGAAUUUGAAGAUCAAAUACAACCCUUUUGCAAAAGCGUUCCUGGACGCUAAGGAAAGGCCCGCUGAUCCACAGAUUUAUCCACAGUACACAGGCGCUUGGUUUUUGCCUCAAACCACUAUGGGAUACGAAUACAAUACAGCGACGGCCAUCGCAGCCGCGCAAAAUCAAGCAUCGGUGACGGUCAACAAUCAUCUGUCGAAUUCCUGCACAGUUUCUACCGCUGGUCACAGGAACACCUGCAGAUCCACACCUUAUGCGUUGAGACAUAAGUAUAUACAAGACGAGCAGCGUGCAGAUCCAUAUGGUCCAGUACAACUUCUCCAUUCCACAGCAUAUGUGACAGCCUCAGGAUGGUCACCGCGUAGCCCAGAAUCACUUCAGAACCUGAGUCCAGCUUGUUUACCACCUGCUCAAGAGUGGCCCACAUCUCCAUCCCCAUCACCAACUUCAUCGUCACAUACAGUGUUCAGCAGAGGUGUUGUUGGCACAUCAUCGCCAACUACAGCCACAGGAUGUGCUUUGUACAUUCCAUCGAACCUAGCUUCUGUCCCUCAAGAACAUGGCCAUUGCACCGAUACCUCCACUUGGAUUCAUCCCAGCACACUCUCAGAACAGCAACAGCAGCAACAACAGCCGUACUUGAACCUGAAUCUACACUUGCAUCAUCAAAUGUCAUCUUACGCCUCGGUUCCACACAGUGGACUACAUCAUUCUUUGCAUCCCAGCGGGCCAGACACGGGUCCUCCAGUUGAUGAAUAUGUUCACGAGUACCAAGCGUCUCCAGUUCAGUCCACAACGCCCGACCGUCACCAGCAACACCAUCAUCCGCAGAUGUUACACUUGCAACCGUUACAACCGACUGGAACGGUGUCCCCUGUCAGCGUGGAGUACGAUGCGCCCUCGAAGGAACACCAUAUAUCGGUCAGUUACAAUGAUCAAAGCGCAGACACAUUGAACGACGUGCAACCGGACGAGAACAGACGAUAUCUGACAACGGUGAUCGACAGACAUCAUAGACAGGAAUCCGACAUGGCGACCAAUGAUCAUCAGACCACCGGUUGGACACCACUGACACCGCCGCCUGCUCCGCAAACUACAGCGAUUUGA